AUGAUUAUACCGACGUGCAAGAUCCUGGUUCUGGCUAGCCUGCUGGCCAGCGGCACAGAGUCUCACAUCAUACCGUUCGGCAUUCUCCAUUCUCGAGAUAUCGACUACUCUUCAUCUUCAAGCUUGGCCCAACAGCGUUUUGGCUCAUUUCGUCUAGCCGGGCUAGAGGAGUAUUUCAAGAAGCAUAAUGAACCGUUCACCAACUUUGAGGACCUCAAUAAGAAACUCUUUAAAGCCCGGGGCAAGACGAUGGGUGAGGAUUACAACCACGAUAGGUUCGAGAAGAUACCCUACCAGGAAAUACGAGACAACUACUACGUCCCCAAGGGCAACUACGCCCACCUUCACUUUAAUGCAUACCUACCAUCUAUCGACGGCGGAAAGCAGGCCAAGGAUUGGGAGUCCGACCUUGACGAGCUGGAAAAGGCAGAUGACGCGGACUCCGAAUCAUAUAAGCCGUUUGCGCUUGAUACGAUUUACACCAAGUUAAAGGAGUCGGGAAAGAAACCCUUCGAGGCAACCAAAGCCUUUGAAGACAGCAUGGAGGCUGCCGGGAAAGACUACGGAGAUCUCGUUGACUUUACGAGUUUCUCGAAAGACCAGAUUCCUCUAAAGGAUCGCGCCGACAAAACCUGGCCCCAAUUCCAGGCGCUCACCUCGAAGUUCAAGGGGCCCUUUGAGUACGAGUGGAUGUGGCGGUACUACCUGAAAGCCUUAUUCAGGGAUUGGAACCACCACAAGAUCCUCCACGGCGAACUGCGCCACGUCUUCCUCAACGACAUCCUCUGGAACGAGCAGGGAAAGAAGCUUAGCGGGCUCGACGGCUCCAAGCAGAUGCUGCAGGUUGUCCACGACGAAGUCGAGAUAGCCAAGAAGCUGUACCCGGACUUUGUCGGUGCGAAGGUCAUCUACUGCAUCCCGCGCAUGUUCAAGCUCACAGAGGAUGAAGCCAAGAAGCAGAAGGAAACGAAGCCCUUCUACCAGCCUGCUUGGAAUAUACAAGAACAUGAUCGCUAUAUUGAACUGGCCAAAUGGCAAGCGCAGCAGAACAUGUUUGUUCUUGCCGCAUUCGACAUCGUCGGACGGGAAGACAAAGACACGGACGCCAGCGGCCUGACUUUCUACAACAACCGGCAUUUCAAAGCCGAGCUGGUCCGCCUGCUGAAGAACGCGCCCGAAGGGACGCGGAACCUGUCCCUCCACGCCGGCGAGGCCAUCGACAUGAGUCCCGACGCGGCGGCCCGGGUGAACAUGGAGAUGCUCGCCGAGCUCGCCGAGGAAUUUCGCGACUCCCUCAUGCGCGGCGGCGACCUGGUCGGCCUGGAGCACGACAGCGACACGAGCGGCGACCAGAGCACGGCAGACGUCAUGAAGUCGUUCGAGAGCACCAAUGUGGCCGCGGAGCUCUGCCCCGUGUCGAACGAGGGCCUGGGCACCGCGCUCACUGCCGUCGACGGCGCGGACCGCUUCCAGACCAAAAUCAUGCUGCAUCUCUACACCAGUGUUUCGGGCGACGACCCCACGUUUUUCGGCCUAGAGCCUGCGUUAGAGCUAGCGUACAUGAUGGUCGGCAGCGAGGCCAUGACAUUGUACCGUCUCGUUGCGCUGGCAUUCAUGAGCAUCAACAGCUCGUACAUGACCCAAAAGGAGAUAGAACGUGCUUAUGACAUAACCAUCGAGCAGGUGAAGGCGAUCGACUUUUGA